AUGGCAGCUAACCCGUCGCAUCUGCUAAUCUCCCGCAAUCCCCGCUCCCCCGCUCAUCCCCAGUUAGCCUCAACGCUGACCACCUCGCCGUACCUCUUCCCUUUCCCAACGGACGACUCGACCCUUCCCCAUGUGUCCGGCGGCGAGCGAAAUGCCCCGCGGCACACCCGUUCGCAGUCGACCCCCGCGUUCGAUCUUGAUCUUGAGGAUGACACGGAGCCACUCGAGAUCCACCCAACGUUUCGCAGGGACGCUGAGUUCCCCGGCCGCGUUCUCGUGAUCGUCGGCGGGUACGAGUUCUGGUGUCAUAAGGAGGUUCUCUGGUUUGCAAGCCCGUUUUUCAACGCUCUUCUCAAGGGACCGUGGACGGAAACGGGUGGCAAAGGACACCAAGCACACGGGCACGGGCGCAGCGAUUCCCACCAUUCACAUCGCUCCCACCACUCCCACACCCGCUCACACUCCCACUCGCUCAUUCCCAGCAGCUCGUCACAUGUGCCGAGCUCAACACCACCGGAUCCCGAGCCGGCUGCUGAGCAGGACCACGAUGUCGCCGCCCCGGACACGGAUACGCUUUCUCUUCCCGGGAAGGACGACGAGCAGAAGGGCAGCGUCUACCUCGACGCGCAAGACGGACCGAGCGUGGCCGAGAUCCUGGCCGAGCUGCGCAACCUACCCGAGCCACCAACAGCCAGCGAGGGCGGCGCCAGCGCUGCGAACCGGCUAAGCAUGUUCGGGGCGAACCCAGCGCCGCCGCACCCUGCGACACAACAGCCUUUUCAGUUGCCCGAAGCAGAUGAGAGGAAGAAGGCCGCCUCGCCGUUGUCGUCGCUCUCGUCUAGUGGCGUGCUCAAGCCGAAACCGAAGCGCGCAAGCACGCAGAGCGGUUCGAUCAGCACUCCGGUGCGGCCGUGUAGUGCACCGGCUGGGGAGCGGCAUCGGGAUGCGGACUGCGUCGUCGAAUUGAAGGAGGAGUCGCCCGAGGCGUUUCAGGACUUCUUGUACUGGGCCUACCCGCAUCUGGACUGCAAGGCAACAUGGACGAAUGUCGAGGGGUUUCUCAUGACACACGCCUCUGGACGGCCCGUCAUGGCCAUAGCGCUCGCCGAGCAGCAUGGCAAUGCAGAGCUGUAUAGGGAGGCGAGCCGGUUCCUCCUCGACCAGCCGACGUGGGACCCGGAGGAGUUCGAGAGCCUCAGCGAGACGACGCAGUUGAAGCUGAGCAAGCGACGGACGUGGUUCCUGGAACGUCUGCUGAAACUCGGCACGAUCGACGUGAAGAAGGAGUACACCUGCGCCGGAUUGCCCCGAUCCGAGCAAGUGCCAAAUGCAGCUCGACGAGAAGUGGAGACAAGCAUACUUGGCGGUGUCGCGGUAUGGUCCGCCGCAGGCGAGCGUCGCCUUCCGCUGUCUACGACAGCUGGAGACCUUUCCCACCAACCCCAGCCUGGUCAUGCCGCACCCGCUGUGUCAGACGAGUGCGAAGAGCUGGGUCAGCACGCCUAUGCUUACGGGAUAGAGCUGACAGCAGUCUUCGACCGCAUGUUCCAGCCCAAGGUAGCGUUCGGGCUCGUCACGCCGGGCACUGAGAAGGUGAGCUGUUGGUUGCGCUUUUCAGCUGACGACAGUACUGGCUUCACAUCACUCUCAACUAACAUCACCUUGGACGGGCUGCGAUCGAGCGAGCCUUAG